AGAAAGAGAGAGAAAGAGAGAGAGCCUUUUACUGUGGUGCGGUUGGAAAAAUCGAUACGGUCGGUGACUGCUUUGUUGAUUUUUGUUGUUGUUGUUGUUGGUUUUGUUAGUUGAUUGUCGUCAUCGAUGUUCUUUCUGCAUUAAACCAGAGCAUACUGCAUACGUACUUACUACAUGUCCGUGUGAAAAAGUCUAGUCUAGAAGCAAAAACAAAGCGCAGGCUGUGGCUCCAAACUCGGGAAAUCCAUAGUUGCCCAUUCUUUGCCCGGUAAAAUGCAGUAAGCGUGUUCAAAUGCUAUCUCGGUUUAAUAGCAAUUAAUCGCGAGUGUCUGUGUGUUUGUGUGUGUGUUUGAGAGUGUGUGCUAGUGGUUCCGGUUAUUACAUUUUGCGAAACUGUAUUGUACAGAAUAUAGAGAGGAAACAGUCGCCGCUACGUAUCAAAACACCGCAAUACGGAAUCCAUUGUCGAACGCGGCUUGGCUAGCGGAAAUCACAGCAUGGCACUUGAGGAGACCCAAAACAAUGGGUCCGCGGUGGCGGUAGCUCCCAAGGAAGCGGUGCCACCGUCGCUCAAGCAACAGCAGCAACCACCGCAAGGUCAAGCGCAGAUACAGUCGUCGACAUCCAACGAAAAGCUGAACAAUCUUGUCAACGGUGGUGGCGCCACGACGGAAAAGUCUCGAUCCAACAACAAACAGAACGACACAAACACAGCGUUCCUGAGAGCAGCGCGGGCAGGGGAUCUACAGAAACUGAUAGAGUACCUCGAAACCGGUCAAGUAACCGACAUCAACACGUGCAAUACGAACGGCCUGAAUGCACUGCAUCUAGCGGCAAAAGAUGGACACUAUGACAUCGUGAACGAGCUGUUGAAACGCGGGGCGCUCGUCGAUAAUGCCACCAAGAAGGGUAACACAGCGCUUCACAUCGCUUCAUUGGCUGGCCAAAAGGAAAUCAUUCAACUGCUUCUGCAGUACAACGCAUCGGUUAAUGUGCAGUCUCAGAACGGAUUUACGCCGCUCUACAUGGCUGCGCAGGAAAACCACGACGAGUGUGUGAAUUAUCUGCUAGCAAAAGGUGCUAAUCCAGCGCUAGCUACUGAGGAUGGCUUUACACCGUUGGCGGUAGCCAUGCAGCAAGGUCACGAUAAAGUAGUUGCAGUGCUCCUUGAAAGCGACACUCGUGGAAAGGUUCGAUUACCAGCUCUUCACAUAGCAGCUAAAAAGGAUGACGUAAAAGCGGCGAAGCUGUUGCUAGAGAAUGAACACAAUCCAGACGUAUCAUCCAAAAGCGGCUUCACUCCACUACACAUCGCUGCUCACUACGGCAAUGUAAACGUCGCACAACUAUUGAUUGAAAAAGGUGCAGACGUGAACUUUACUGCAAAACACAACAUCACACCUCUACACGUUGCGUGCAAGUGGGGAAAGCUGAACAUGGUAAAGCUGCUGAUCGCUAACCAUGGUCGCAUCGACAGUAUCACCCGGGACGGUCUUACGCCACUUCACUGUGCCGCCCGGUCAGGCCACGAUCAGGUGAUCGAGGUAUUGUUAGAACAUGGGGCCGAGAUCAUUUCCAAGACCAAAAAUGGACUUGCCCCGCUCCAUAUGGCGGCCCAGGGCGAACACGUCAGCGCGGCUCGCAUUUUACUAAUGAACAAAUCACCCGUUGAUGAUAUUACGAUCGACUAUCUCACUGCGCUCCACGUCGCCGCCCACUGUGGACACGUGAAGGUAGCAAAGCUGCUGCUCGACCGAAAUGCCGAUCCGAAUGCACGAGCACUGAACGGAUUUACACCGUUGCAUAUUGCCUGCAAAAAGAAUCGUAUUAAGGUGGUGGAGCUUCUCCUAAACCAUGGUGCAACAAUUGGAGCAACAACGGAGAGCGGCCUAACGCCGCUGCACGUGGCCAGCUUUAUGGGAUGCAUGAAUAUCGUGAUCUAUCUGCUGCAGCACGAUGCAAGUCCGGACAUACCGACUGUUCGCGGUGAAACUCCACUUCAUCUGGCAGCACGUGCUAAGCAGACGGACAUUAUACGCAUCUUACUUCGAAAUGGAGCGUACGUAAAUGCACAAGCUCGUGAAGAUCAGACACCGCUUCAUGUCGCUUCGAGAAUUGGUAACAUGGAAAUUGUGAUGCUGCUUUUGCAACACGGCGCAAAGAUUGAUGCUGUUACGAAGGACAACUACACACCGCUACACAUCGCAGCAAAGGAGGGCCAGGAUGAAGUGGCAGCAUUGCUACUGGACAGCGAAGCCAACGUAGAAGCGGUUACGAAAAAAGGCUUUACACCGUUGCAUUUGGCGGCAAAGUACGGUAAUCUUAAGUGCGCCGAACUGCUGCUAGAGCGCGGUGCUCAAGUGGACGUACAGGGCAAGAACGGCGUUACCCCGUUGCACGUUGCUAGUCACUACGAUCAUCAAAAGGUAGCGCUUUUGCUGCUUGAGAAAGGUGCUUCACCGUACUCACCAGCUAAGAACGGCCAUACCCCAUUGCACAUUGCGUCGAAGAAGAAUCAGCUGAACAUCGCAACCACGCUGCUGGACUAUAAGGCCGACGCAAAUGCGGAGAGUAAAACCGGUUUCACACCGCUUCACCUAUCUGCCCAAGAAGGUCAUGGUGACAUGGCCCGUGUUCUGCUGGACAAUGGGGCAGAUCCAAACCAUGCCGCUAAAAAUGGGCUAACACCAUUGCACUUGUGCGCACAGGAAGACCAUGUAGGCAUUGCCGAAACGCUGCUGGAGCACAAGGCUCGCAUCGAUCCGGUUACAAAGACUGGCUUUACACCGCUGCACGUAGCCGCUCAUUUUGGCCAGGCGGGAAUGGUGAAGUACCUGAUCGAAAACGAUGCUAACAUCGAAAUGAAGACCAAUAUUGGUCAUACACCGUUGCAUCAGGCUGCUCAGCAAGGGCACACACUCAUCAUUAACAUUCUUCUGAAGAACAAAGCUAAUCCGGAAGCAGUUACUAAUGGCGGCCAGACAGCGCUUUCGAUUGCGGACAAACUGGGCUACAUCACAGUGGUGGAAACGUUAAAGGUAGUCACAGAGACCAGUGUUACACAGACAGUGGAUGAAAAGUUUAAGAUCGUUGGACCGGAAACUAUUCACGAGACGUUCCUGUCGGACUCGGAAGAUGAGGGAGGCACACCACCCCCACCGACCGCUAUGAAAGCCCUAAUGCAAGCGCAGCAGUUGUAUGGCGGUAGUGGUGCUAUCAAGUACUAUCAAUCGCAAAUGCGUUACACACGUGAAGAUCCGAUCAUGUCCGACCAACAGCAAUACAACUACAUGACGAGCGAUGAAAACAAGCAGUUUGACGAUACGAACCUCACCAACAUGAGUAUUGAUCCGUUGAAAGAUGACAAAUACCUGGAGAAGAUCAUUUCCCGCGCAGAGAACUACACCGUAUCGGCCAUGGAUCGGUCACACACGCCCAAUCCACUUGACAUUACCGUGACUGAUAAUGUCAACAUCACUCGCAAACCGAUCCACGUUGGAUUUAUGGUAUCGUUUUUGGUUGAUGCACGCGGCGGCGCAAUGCGUGGCUGUCGCCACAGUGGUGUGCGUGUGAUCGUACCACCCCGAUCAGCCGCACAACCUACAAGAAUUACCUGUCGCUACGUGAAGCCUCAACGUAUUACCAACGGUCCUCCAUUGAUGGAAGGAGAGGCCCUGGUAAGCCGUAUUCUCGAGUUGGCUCCUGUAGGUGCCAAGUUCCUUGGGCCCGUUAUUCUUGAGGUUCCACAUUUUGCUUCACUGCGCGAUAAGGAACGUGAAAUCAUUAUCCUUCGAUCUGACAAUGGAGAAACUUGGCGUGAACAUACCCUAUACGAUAGUGAAGAAGCUAUCCAUGAAGUGUUGAACGAGACCUUCAAGGGUGAUACGUUAAACUUGCUUGAAGAUUUGCAUACAAAUAGGAUUACGCGCAUCGUCACCAAUGACUUUCCGCACUACUUUGCGAUCGUUUCGCGCAUCCGCCAGGAGGUCCAUGCAAUCGGACCGGAGGGUGGCACUGUGUCUGCAACGGCCGUCCCACAAGUACAGGCGAUUUUCCCGCAGAACGCGUUGACCAAAAAAAUCCGCGUCGGACUGCAGGCUCAGCCGAUUGACAUGAACACGACGGCCAACUUGCUCGGCCGUAGCGUAGCCGUCUCGCCGGUUGUCACAGUGGAACCACGACGCCGUAAGUUCCACAAGGCAAUUACGCUCAGUAUGCCGGCACCGAAGGCAUACAACUCAGGCAUGAUCAAUCAGUACUCGGGCAAUGCGCCUACGUUGCGUCUGCUUUGCUCGAUCACGGGAGGCCAGAACAAAGCCGUCUGGGAAGACGUCACUGGUUCUACGCCCUUAACGUUCGUCAACGAUUGUGUUUCGUUCACUACGACAGUGUCAGCCCGUUUCUGGCUGAUGGACUGCCGCAACAUUGGCGAGGCAACGAAGAUGGCCACUGAGCUGUACUCCCAAAUGGCGCACGUACCGUUCAUGGUGAAGUUUGUCGUAUUUGCCAAACGUGUCGAUCAAAGCGAGGCAAAACUAAGCGUAUUCUGUAUGACAGACGACAAAGAAGACAAAACACUGGAGCACCAGGAGCACUUUACCGAGAUUGCAAAGUCUCGGGAUAUCGAGGUAUGCGAAGGGCGCACUGUCUAUCUGGAGUUUGCCGGUAAUAUUGUGCCAGUGAUGAAAUCGGGAGAACAGCUUUCCCUGCAGUUCAACGCGUUCAAAGAAAACCGGCUCACCUUCACGGUCAAGAUCAAGAACAACCUGGACGAUUUACUUGGACGUAUUUCUUUCAUGAACGAACCGAAAGUGGCCAAGGGUGAGCCGAUUCAGACCCCGCUGUGCACUCUCAACUUUACCCUUCCCUCCGAGAAGUUUGGUCUUGGUGGGGACGACCUGGAGACAACUUCCGAAUUCGAUCAAAGCUCCACCGAGGUGCUGAACAGCGAACAGCAAGCCGUCGUCGCAGCCGCCAAUCGCGGUAAAACGCUCAACUUCACCUUCCAAAAUGGUGAUGGUGGGAGCGAAAUACACAAGGCAGACAUAAAAAUCACCGAUAUUUGCAACCUGCUCGGAUCGGAUUGGCCACUGCUAGCCGAUGAGCUUGCAAUUACACCGUCCGACGUCGAAUUGAUACGGGCGGAGUAUCCGAACGACGAGCCACAGCAAGCAAUAGUAAUGCUGCGGCUAUGGUUACGUCAAGCCGGCAGGGAUGCGACUGGAAAUGUGCUUGAACAGGCCCUCAUUAAAAUCAAUCGGCCUGACAUUGUGAACAAAUCGAUUACGAAUUUGGAGCCUGUAACGGACGAAUACGAGCGACGAGUUGCACAGCGGCAAAUCGGUUCGAUGAAUGGGCUUGACGAAAUUGACCCGGCAAGAGUUAACGGAUUGCUAGUCGCUAGCAGCAUGAUGCACGAAUCGGAACAUGAACCGACCGAAGAAAAGCAAGAACACGAAGCAGUAGAAAAGGACAAACAAUUACCGGUGGACAACAUUUCGCCAACGGGUUCAGUGUCUCCAGAUACUACCGAAGCGUUCCAGCAGAUUCGUCGUGAGAGCGAAAUUCUCGGAAUAGCAGCGAUCAAAAAGGAGGACCUUUCCACGCCCCCACCCAGUCCGGCCGAUUUCAGCACCCAAGUCAGCCAGAACAGCAGCAAGGCAAGCGCGGAUGAGGGACGAAACGAUGCAGUAGCCGAGGAUGUGCAAGAAAUCAUUCAACAAGCCAUCAAAGAUCAUGACACGCAUGACGAAGACGAGGAGGAAGACGCUCCGGUGGCGGUGGGUGCGGUUGGCAGCGAUUCGGCUACCAGCGAUCGCGAGGAAGAUUCCGAAGGAUUCGAGCUGGACCUCGAGACGGACAAGAGCGGCAAAGUGAAGACGAUCAAGAAACACUCAAAAGUGAACAUAAAAAUUAACAAAACCGUCGCACAACGUCCGACUGUGGGAGACAUCGAAUGGGAAGCGCCAGGAUCGGAAUGCCCGCGGCAACCACAAAUAGAGAUUUCGUCAGUAAACUUGGAGGACGUUUCGAACGAUCGGCGGUACAGCUUGGAUCAUAUUGAUCCGAUUGCUGAAGGACUGACUACGGGCGUUAACGCGCGUGCUUACGAGAAGUCUCUCUCCACACCGGGCGAAACCGAACAGAAAAAGUCCGAACAGAUCGUUAUCAUCUCGUCCGAUAACAACAUCUCGGAGGUGCCGGCCGACUACUCGGGUGACAUUGACGAGUUCAUUUUUGUGCAAACGUCGCCGGAAAACUUUGCCAAAAUGGAGAAAGAGCAAGCCGCUGGUGGCGUUGUGACGGAUGAGGACGACAACAGCAAUUUAGUGAUCAUUACAGAGGAGCACUAUGACUAUGAACUUACGAGCGAUGACGAUCGACGCUCGUCCAGUGUGCUGGAGGAUCCUUCUCCGCCCGAGGAGAAAGAUCUCGAAGGGUACACAGUUGCGCCGUCUUCGGAUUCCAGGCCAGAAGCUCAAAAGCGCUUUAUUGUCGGUGGUAGCAGUAGUUCGGAAAGCGACGAAGAAGCCCACCAGCGACAGCACCAUCAUCAGUCCGGAUCGACAUCGCUUGGAAGGCGCACGAUGCGAACUAAAGCCGUUCCUACGGGUCUGACCAUUACCGAGGACGAAACAGUCGUGCUGAAAGGCGAUCAGACAAACCAGACCAGUACCACCAGUCCCGCGAUAACCGUCUGUCAGCCGACACCGCCACCGGUGCAGCCUCCCUCUAGUAGUACCAGCAACAACUUCUCCAUCCGCACAGGACCGGGAUCAUCGAGCGGGUCAGACGUCGCCCUGCACGAAACGGCGGGCGAGCUGAGCGAUGACGAUGAAACAGGUAAAGUCAGCAGCAAUGCCGCGGUGGCCAAUAGUGGUCAAACCGGUACGAUUGAACAGAAAGCGGAGACUUGUUUAGCAGAGGAAUCGCAUCCUUCUUUCCCUGUUACCACCUCGGGUGUGGCGGUGAUCGUAACCCAAGUAUCCAACGAUCUGAUCGAAGACGAAGAGCCUCCGCAGGUAGCGGAGGAGGACAAUGAUGAUGUGUUGAUCGAUUUUGGUGGAGGAGACAAACUGAACGAUUCUGGCGUCGAUAACACUGACGAUAUUCGUGCCACUGGCACUGGUGGUGGCUCUGUACUUGUUCAAGCAGGAUCGGACCUAGCAGAAGACAGUACAGAAAUUAAAAACUAUCUUGUUCAGAACAAUGAUCAGAUGACAGGAAUGGAGCCAACCGAACCGCCAAUGGAGUCCGCCACUCCGCUGAACGAUGGUUCCACUCGAACCGAAACAAAUACUAUCGUUGACGAAUCGGAUGAUGGAACUGUUCGUACUACGAUUAUCACUACAACGACUACGCUGAGUACGACCGGCGACGAUAUACCGGAGGAUUUGGAAGAACAGCUACUGAAACAACUGCGGGAUCAGCAGCUGUUGCAGGAAACCCAGCAGCUGCAGCAGAAUCAGCCACAGUCAAACGUACAGGAAGGCAAUCAGGUGGUCACAAUAACUACAACUACUGCGGAUGAAGAUCCGGACACGGGUGUAGAAACGACGUCCACCUCGACCACACGAACCACAACGACGACUAAAACGAUCACGCUGACUCCGGACGGAGAUUUCCCCGAGGAUGAAUUGCUGCAAAAGAUCACAACGACCACGACGCACACCUCCCAGCAGAAUAUACCCGAAAUGGUAAAGGAAACCACCGUCACCGUAACGGAAAUGGUGGACGGCCGGACGCUAGACGGUGCUGCCAAAGCACUCAACAACAUAGUCGACGACUUUAUGAACCACGAGCGGAAAAACUAAAAUGUGCGAUUUGAUAGUUUUAAACGUUAUUAUGAGGCACCAUCGCGAAGAAUUGUCGUGCAGCCAAGUCAUGUUUCGACACCCAGGAUGAAGGCACAACGUCCGUAGGGUACGACGAAAUGCGAAAUGAACCUUUCUAUAUUGCACUCACGAGUAGGUCUUUGCGCACAAGCUACAAACUGUUUUAAUCUACGAAGGUAGAGGUAAAGGUUUUUUAUUUACUUGUGUCUAUAAAGUAUCUCGCACACCUUAGCAGCCAGGAGUUCUCUUUUGAGUUCACCCGAAGGACGGGCUUUUUUCUAGUGCCUGUAUAAGUUUUUUUUAUUACAAGUGUGUGAUCGCAAUGACAACGAAAAGCUUACAACAAAGAUGCGUGUGCGUGUUGAUGCUCUCGCUUAACAGCGAUCGAUGCAGAUACAGCAGAUGUGUUUGUCCCUGGACCAUUCAACUCUUUCUACAAGAAAUAGGAGUUGUAAAAUCGCAAUCAUAUAUAAACUGGUCCCCGGUACUACUUAUCUUUGCGUCAUACGGCAUUAGCUAAUGUAGUGUGUGUGUGCAGUUUUUUUUCUUAACAAUAUAUCACUUUGCACAUAACAUGAGCCCGAUCAUCAUCGUGAUGCUAGAUGGCAGCGAAGGUGUGAAGACAAAAUCAGAACGAAAAAUCCAUGGAAUUAAGCUUAACGUACAAAUUGUCACGCAAGAUAUCGUUGAGAUCCCGAACUAUAAAGUUUCACUACAUAUAAUGAAAUCGUCGCAAAACAACAAAACAUGAAAAUACAAAACUCUAGUUAGUCGUACACACGUAGAUGCAGAGCAAAACAGCAAAAUUCUCCGCGCCGUAUAUUCAUAUACAUAUUUAUCUUAGAUGUAAGGAAUACCAGUUACAGCACGUAAUGCAAACGAAAUCAGUAGCUUUACGGCUAUGGAUGUAAGAAAAUGACAUCAAACCGUUUUCUGAGUCACAGUUUCACUGACCAUAGAUGCAGGCGUGAAACGCAAACAACAACGCUUGGGCAUUGAUGAGCAUAAAAGUAAGCAAACAUUCGCAUCAUAGGAACUAUUAUACAAGCAUUAUAAAUCGUAGCACAAUAUUAAUUGAUGCCGAAAUGUAGGGUCCCAAUGCAUAGGCAAAUCGAAAAGCUUCUCAUAAAAAAAAACAAAAACAUACUAUUUAUAGAUUGAUGGUAGCAAAUCGUACCCAAAAAAACAAUAAUAUUCUCGCUUUGCUUAUCGUACCCAACUAAGCCGGAUCAGGUCAAAUGAGUGCAGGCAGCCGAUUUUGAAGAUAUUUGUAUUUGUUUAUCCUAUUUGUUUUGCGAAUGAUAAUUCGUGCUCUGUUCAGACGUAUCAAUUGUUGCGCUACCGCCUUUCUAAUCCCAUUUUUACCAGUGAUUUCAAAUUGAUGGCAACCGGGGCAAUCAAAUCGUUUUGCUUUUAUUUGUAAAGAUAUAUUGUGUAAGAUUUCUGUUUUGUUGUAUUGAAUUAUGUAUAAUUUUAUUGCUUUGUGAAAAUCAAACACUAUUUUGCUUCACGUACUAAUGUUAUUCAAUUUGUAUCUUCAACAUCAGCAUAAACUUUAAAUGGCAGCUCAAGUUGCGGAAACCGAUUGAUUGUGAGUGAUGUGUUAGUUUUAAUCGAUUGAAGCUAUUUAUUAAUUCGCUGCGAUAUAUAUUACACAAACUCAUUGCUUUGUGAAAAGUAUGAAAAUGUUGGCCAAUUGCAAUGAAAUCAGCGAAGAAAAAACUACACUGUUCAGCAGUUAAAGAUUUGGCAAAGCGUGUGUAAUUUUUAAAACAAGUAGAACGAUGAAAUCCAAAACAUAAAGAACAAAUGAAACGAUCAAGUUUAUUGAGAAAAAUGGGAGAAUCUAAACAAAGGAUUAAUGAAAUGAAAGUACGAUACUAUAUUUUUUAAAUUGUGUAUAGAGUUUAUUUACAAACAAUUGCAGACAAAUGCGCAAACAAAGGCAAAUGAGAAAUAAGCUUAAUGAAAUAAAACACUGCACUUCAUUGAUCGUGCGAUCAACCUACAUGUGUGCUAAAUAGCCGACAAACCGUAUCUGUUUUGCAUUACACACAUAAAUGCACCCGAGUGAACGCGCGUCAAAAACGUACAUAUAAUCGAUCGGUUACUGUACGUUAUGAUGCUAAAGGAUGCUCUCAAAAUCCUAGCUGCAUCAGAAAAUAUCAUUUGAAAACGAAAACCUUGUGACCUAAACACGAAAUCAAGAUUACGAAAUAUAUUCAAUCAAUCACCUGA